UCCCAUUCAGUGACUAGAAUCCCCAAAUUUGAGGGCCCCCGCACACACGCUCUUGGGAGUCUUUCUUACACAAAGAUGUUCUGAGGGCAGAACAAAAAAAAAUAAUUGGUUCAGAGAGCUAACCAAUCAGCUCGUAGUGGAGUUGGGUCCAAGAUAUCUGAUUGGCUGAUCCCGCCUCUAGUUGCUUGGACCCACCUCCUGUACCAUCUCUCUUAACCAGUCAUCUUUCCUUCUGCCCUCAGAUCACUUUUGUGAGUAAAAGUCCCAUGAGCCAUACAAAUGUGUGUUUGAGUGGUAACAGACAGCACUUAUGCUCCCUUUGACAGGAGGUGGAAGGGGUGGCUUUGUAAUGUGUAAACCCCCCCCCCCCACAUGAAGUGGCCUUGUUGGUCCGGUUCGACACCAUGUUACCGUUCACAAAAACGGAACAGGGCAUCAAGGAAGUGAACGAUUAGCCGUCGGCUGCUUUCUGGCAGACGGGGAAUUUGUCUUGCAAAGGCAAAAUUGAAAAAUAUCAUUAUGUGGAAAAACUGAGGGGGCAGCGAUAAAAAGCUUCAGAAUAUUUUUAAGAAGUAGUGCUUUUCAUAUUCAUAAAUGUAACCUUGAUGCAGCAUGUAUUUUAAUAGUGUGUCUCAUCGUGAAGCAUAUCCAUGUUAUAAUCAAGCUUUGUACUUAAAGAAAGAAUUUAUAAAACCAAACGAUUUUUUAACCAUGUCACCUGUGAAAACACUGUACAGAUACACUCACUGCUUGCGCUGUAUAUUUCCAUUUUUGUAGUACCUUCAAAACGACUAUUUUUGUACAGUGUUCGGGUUUUUAGUGUCAAAAAAAUCAUACGUGAGAACUGCCUUCAAAGGCUUUACACAAGAGCCCAGAUUUCUGUCUUGCUGAGCACGAAGAAGCAGAAAUGAAGCUAUGACGCGCGGCACCAUCUUAAAAAAAACAACAUACCUUUCUCACUUUUAAAAUGCAAGUAAAAAUAACAUUAACCUCAGGGAAUGUAAACGGAAGCAUAUUCUUAAAAACUGCAUCGCAUGUAAAAUUAUUCACUAGCAGCAAAGUCGCAGACAUUUUGGCAAGCGAUACAUAUACCCUUAAUUACAUCUUAAGGUUAAUUAGUGUGUGCUGAAGACUAGCAGCCGUAUAGAUGACGUCACCCUUGCGAGUGGCGGACGGGAGGGAGAGGUCGCGCAUGCGCAGAGUGGCGACCCGGAGCUGGCAGGCGAAGCGGUGCAGCGCUCCCGUCGCUCGGCCGAUAGAAGCGCAUCUCCACAGCGCAUCUCCGCACAUCCCAGCGAAACCCACACUGAUCAUCCCUGUCCCAGAAAUUAAAAUCCCAAAAUGUCUGUGGGUAAUGACUUCGGGAACCCAUUAAGAAAAUUCAAACUGGUUUUUCUGGGCGAGCAAAGCGUUGGGAAGACGUCUCUCAUCACACGGUUCAUGUAUGACAGCUUCGACAACACGUAUCAGGCAACUAUUGGAAUUGACUUCCUGUCGAAAACCAUGUACCUCGAAGAUCGAACGGUGAGGCUGCAGCUGUGGGACACGGCGGGACAGGAACGCUUCCGGAGCCUCAUCCCCAGCUACAUCCGAGACUCCACCGUCGCGGUGGUGGUCUAUGACAUCACCAACGUCAACUCCUUCCAGCAGACCUCUAAGUGGAUCGACGAUGUCAGGACAGAAAGAGGGAGCGACGUCAUCAUCAUGCUUGUUGGCAAUAAGACGGACCUGGCAGAUAAGAGGCAAAUCACGAUCGAGGAGGGCGAGCAACGGGCCAAAGAGCUUAACGUGAUGUUCAUCGAGACGAGCGCCAAGACUGGCUACAACGUGAAGCAGCUGUUUCGACGUGUGGCAGCCGCCCUGCCCGGGAUGGAGAGCAUGCAGGACACCAGCAAAGAAGGCAUGAUUGACAUCAAGCUGGACAAACCACAAGAGGCACCAACCAGUGAAAGCGGCUGUUCCUGUUAAUACACGGCACCGGAUUGGAUGGCUUCAUUUACACCACAUGCUUGUUGUGUUGCUUCCUAUUGGUUAGCUUCCAGUUGAGUUUUCAGAUCGGUUAUUUGGCCUUUUACAUGAUUGGUUGGAACUAGAGUUGCAUCAGUCCUCAGUUGUAUAAUAUUGUACUUUAUUAACAAAAUUGCCAAAAACAUAAAAAUUGUGAAAGAAGAUAAAAUUACAAAAAGAACAGAAGACAAAUUCCAAACCUACCCUUUUUGUUUGUUUUUUUGUUUUGAAAGACUAGAGUAGUAGUUUUUUGUUUUUGUUUUGUAUUUUUGUAUAUAAGGAAAACACUAAAAAUAAUAGACAGCCUAAGUUUAUCAGCUUGUGCUAAAACUCUAAGAAGGAUUGGAUCAGACCACACAAAGCUAAAAGCGCGUCACCAAUUUGUAGCAUGCAUGCAAACGGAGAUUGUGCACGGAUUACGUCUGCUCUGGGGUGCACAGUACCAAACACGUCAAGGCUUCGCCCCCCUGCAAUUUUCAUGCGUCAAUCGGGACAUGCCCUCGCCUGACAUUUCUGUAAAGUCUCGAUUUGGGUGUUCAGUUUUUCAGUAGCGUUGUAAACAGCAGCCAGCUCCGCGGGCAGCUUUAAGCUGCGGUUCUCUUCUCUCUGCUGCCUUCGCAGGAUUCCCUUCUGCUUGCUCUCUCCUCAUUCACACCGUGUUCGUGGUCUCACAGGCAAUCCUUGGCGUGCCACACGGCACUGUAAAUACUGCUCAUCUCACUGUGUUUGUGCCUCCAUACAUGUAAUCCCAGUUGACCAGAAUGAAAGGUACAGAGUGGUCUUCAGGGACACUAAAGACUUCGUUUGAGUUUUUCCUUGUUCACUGAUGGCUAGUCAGCCCCAGAGUCCUUGUCCUACCUGCCGUAUGUUUCGUUACAGCCCGCUGAACGACCCGUCUGAUCUUACACCACCGACAGGGGUCUCUCCCUCCCAGUACACUGUUUUUGGCAAUAUACCGAGCUUGCAGGCUUGCUUUUCCCCGCUCCAUUUUUGCAAAGACUAGGAGCCCCUAGCUCUGGCGUGAAGAGCUGGCAGAACUUCGGUGUUGUUUGAGGACGUGUGUUAAGAAACUAGGGCCACCUAAAAGCCCCUUUUCUACCUGUUUGGGGUGGGGGGGGGGUAUGUUAGUGAGAGAUUUCUGCAAGGACCAAAGCUAUUCAGGAGGCUCGG